UCUCUCUCUCUCUCUCUCUCCAUAUGAGUGUCUCUCCACUGACACCGGGGCCGAAGACCGACCGACGGACGGACGGACUGAACCACCGACGGACCGACCGCUGAGUGCUGACUUUGCCCGCAGAUGAUGGCUCGGUACCGGACGCUUUGGACCGGGAUCCUCGUCCUCCUGACUGUGUGGCUUCCAAUCGUUGUCCAGUCCUUCAGCUACCAGAGCUCCAACGUGUGUAAGUGGUGUGAGGUUUCCAGUCCGGUGUGCAGAGACAGCGUCUGCUCCAGUAACUGCUCCCUGACCUCCUUCUGCGACGCCAUCGAGGAGAUCUGCAUCGCCAUAUGGAGGAAAACCAACGACACCAUGACGGUGCACACGAUGUGUCAUAACCCCUCGCUGCCACUGGAGGGCGUCGACUCGAGUCUGCUGCUCAACUUCACCUCCAGAGAAUGUCACAUGGUCCCACAGCCGGCGGAGGACGGCGCCAUGAUGGUCUGUGGUUGCCAUGGAGAACAAGAGUGUAACGACAGACUGAUCUUUGAUAAGGGAGCCAACGGGUUCUCCAAGCUGCAGAGUAAAGACGUGAUCCCGGUGGUUGUGGUCAGUUUGGUGCCUCCUGUCCUUGUUGCCAUAGUCGCCACCGCCGCCUUCUACUUCUACCGCACACGCCGCCCUGACAAACCGGGCCCUCCUGCGCGCCCUGACUGGCCCACCAAACGCACCCCAGAGCUCUACCAGGCUUUUGACCUGCCAUGUGGGGCUCUGGGUGCUUGGGGAGAGGGUGGAGGGGGAGGUGUGAUGGGUCCUGGGGGUGAGGGGGAGGAGUCUAAUGCCAAACAUCCCAACAAUGACAUCACCGGUACCAGGACCGACCGGCAGGGACAACGGACAGAACCGCUGCCCAUCAAGCUGGAGGUCCUGGUGGGGAAGGGGCGCUUCGCAGAGGUGUGGAGGGGCUGCCUGCUGCAGGGGGAGACGGGUGGAGUCAACAGCUAUGAAACUGUGGCGGUGAAGGUGUUUCCGGCCAUGGAGUAUGUCUCCUGGAGGAACGAGUACUCCAUCUUCUCGGACCCCAAGAUGGAGCACGACAACGUGGUCCGAUUCCUCGCAGCGGAGGAGAGGGGUCCGCCUGGCCACGCCCUCCGGAAGUACUGGCUGGUUCUGGCCUAUCAUGACCUCGGGAAUGUGCAGGACUUCCUCACAGCGAACACACUCAGCUGGGAGGAGCUUGUUGCCAUGGCGGGUAGCAUUGCUAGGGGGUUAGCUCAUCUCCAUAGCGACACAACGCCCAGUGGGGUACCAAAGGUGCCAGUUGCCCAUCGGGACCUAAAGAGCAGUAACAUCGUGGUGAAGAGCAGGAAGGAGUGCGCGCUGUGUGACUUUGGUCUGGCGUUAAGACUGGACCUCUCCCUUACUGUUGACGACUACGCCAACAGUGGACAGGUGGGGACAGCUCGCUAUAUGGCUCCGGAGGUACUUGAGUCCAGGGUGAACCUGGAGGACCUUGAGGCCUUUAAACAGAUGGAUGUUUACUCCAUGGCUCUGGUGCUGUGGGAGAUGGCCUCCCGUUGCCACGCCAUCGGAGAGGUGAAGAGCUACGAGCCAGCGUUCGGCUCCAAGGUCUGUGAGCAACCCUGUGUGGACAGCAUGAGGGACCUGGUUCUGAGGGACCGGGGACGGCCGGACAUCCCCUCGGCGUGGACGCAACACCAGGGGAUGAGUGUCUUCUGCUCCACCAUCACCGAGUGCUGGGACCACGACCCCGAGGCCCGACUGACGGCGCACUGCGUGGUGGAGCGCCUCAACGCCCUGCAGCAGGAGGAGGAAGAGGAGCAGGAACCGAGGCGAGGAGCCGACGGAGAGACAGAAAAGGACUCAGAGACACCAGAUAGUGACCAGACUCCCUCCUUCUCCACCGCUGCUUCCUCACCGCCCUCCUCCCCGAGUCCUCAGCCGGACUCAAAGACAGGCGGUACAGAGGUAUCCCAUGAUUCCCUGGUUCACACUGGUUCUGUGGUGUGAGCGUGGGACAUCGUCAUCCCAUGAGCCCUUCUUCCUCCUGCUGCUGGCUGCGUUCACACUGCUGUUCCUGUCACAGAUAGUGGAGGGGCCGAUAAGGGACUAAACCUUGGUUCCCAUAACCCAACUGAUACUGAAAUCAUCUCUGCGAGUACGUAAAACCAUCAGUGUUUGCAAAUUUAUGGUUUUAUGGAGUUUACCGACUUUAGCCACGCUGCCAGGACGAUCUAUUGGAAAUAUCUCCAGACAUUCAUGGUGUAGAAACCUUAAGAAACACUGCUUUAAAGGAUUUAGUGGCAUCUAGUGGUCUCUUGCCUCACCUUCCCCUUCCAAGCUCGAAGGACGCUGGUUCCCAACCUUUUCUAUCAGAGUAAACUGACUUUAUUUUAUAGAUAUUUAAUAUUUUAUUUAAUAAUAAUACAAGGAGAGUAGAGAACAGUUGAUAAACUGUACAAUGAACCCAAACAGUGAACUCAAUAACUGCAGAAACUUUGUGUAAAGUUGUGUGAGUGAAUUUCCAGAUAUUUUUAGGAACUUUUUCUAUAAUUCUCCGUCUGUAUUAUGUCUUUUUUUUAUUUUUAACAGUCAUACAGACUUAAUAGGCUUCUUUUUAGACAGAUUCAGUGUUUUAUUAUCAGCUCUUUGGUUGUUUUCAUAUACAUGACGAGGCACUGAGGAGGAUCUAUUGUCAGAGUGUAAUAAUAAUACUCAUAGGUAUGUUUUCAUUGGUUUAUAAUCACCUGAAUAUAAGAAUUGUUGUGUUUUUUGUUAGCUCCGAACUCCACCGGACACAACCGUUCUGUGGAGGAAGGUUGGGAACCAGUGAGGAAGAGGAUGCACGCAGGUACAAGAGAGUACUGUAGACUUUACUCUGCAGUGGUUUAGUGUCGGUAUCCUUGACCAGAAGAGCCGAGCCGAGCGGUGUGAAUGCAGAUCGUUCGGUUAUUACGAAGCGAACAGAGAGGACAGAAACAACCAAAGACUGACUUUGUGUCUGGAACGAUGAAUCAGUCGUAGUUCUGCUGGCGGAGACUCGUAGGAAAUGUUCUGUUGGAGCUGGCCUCCAUUUAGUCGUUGUAUUAUUCUUUAAUAGCUACUGUGAUUAUCAUGACUAUAACCUACUUGUAUGAAUAAACAGGAGAGAGAGAGAGCGACGAAUCAGAUCUCAGACGUGCACAUAAUUAUAUGUGAUAUUAUUGUUGUUGCCAAGAUGUUAAAAUGGAAACAAUGAAGUUAUUAUUGUAAAUUAAAGGAUCCAGUUGCUUUUCCAUCCAGAGUGAAACAAACACAGAAACCGCUACAGGAUGAAAACAUCUCCAAACAAUGUUCAGUUUGUAAUAAAAUUUGGUUUUUGUUAUUGA